UCAGCAUCUGGGUAAAUGGCAGAGUCAGCAUUUCACUCUUUUCCUCGUUUUCUUUUGUUUUCCCUGCAGGAAUUGUGCGCGACUUUACUAAAAAGAAGAACCAAAGAAGAUACUUGGAAAUCAGAAGAACUUAGGAAACAUCUUAAGGCAUCACAACCAGAUAGUCAAAAUGAAGACCAAAAGCACAGAGAAAAGAAACUGCAGAAAGAUAGGUCUGCUCUUGACACAGACACUCAUAAACAUGAACGAAAAGACAGAGGGAAGAGCAAGGAAAGAACACGAGAGAGAGAGAGGCUUAAAUCUAGUGAGAGAGACAGGGAUAAAAUGAGAGAGAGAGAAAGGGGAAAAGAGCACCAGAGAGGAGACCGGGAGAGAUACAGAGAUAAGCUUCAAGAGCCACAUUUGGAGAAGGAAAGAUACAGUGUACCCAAACAUAAAGAUAGGGAGAGUGAUAGAGAAGGAGACAAAAAGCAUAAGAGACAUGAGAUAAAGCAAAUAGAUACACAAAAUAAUCUGAAAUCAUUUGAAGGAGGACAUAAAGAACAUCACAGAAGAAGAGAAAGCAGGCAUCGUUUGGAGGAGGAAAAAACAAGAAGUGAAGAGCAAGAAAGAAGGCAUAAAGAAAAGAAGGAUAAUGAUGCAAGAAGGAAAAUUGACAAAUUUUUAACCUACAAAGUUGAAGGUGAACGUGUACACAAGUUAGAGAAAGAUCAAGAGUUGGAUAAAGAGGGUGAAAGAAAACAUAAAGAAAAAAAAGAACAUUCUGUUGGGCCAGAAAAAGAGAGGCUUUCAAAAGAGAGAAGUCAUAAACAGUAUGGAAAGGAAGAGGAAGAAAAACAUAAAUCAAGGAGAUCUAAAGAGGGAUCUUCCCAUGGAGACAGAGAAGGACAAGCAGCAGAAGUUAAUGAGAGAAUAAAAAGCAGAGACAAUGAAAGAAAGAAGCAUGAUCUAAGGACCAGCGAAUACAAAAAGGAGGAGAGGAUUCAAGAGAAAACAAGCCAUCAGCAUGUAAGGACUAUAAAAGAUAAGGGAAAACUCAUUGAAAAAGAGGAAAAGGACACAAGACAAGAGGAAAUGAAAGAUACACACAUCUAUAAUUCAGACACAGGACUUAAUGACAUUUCAGCAAAUUAUGAAGAUGAUUUUGAAGAUUAUGAAGAUGAUUUUGAAGAUGAUGAAGACAAAAGUGGUGAAGAAAGAGAUGCAGAAGAAAACCUAAGGGAGAUUCCAUUUUCCAGAACAUCAGAAAUAGAAGAAAUUCAAAGAGCAAUUAGUGCAGAAAAUGAUAGAAUUUUUAAUUCACCGCUGAAGAAACUUGAAGAUGAAAAAAAGGAACCAAUCAUGGAAAACCAAUCAGAAACUGUCAGAAACUCUUUUUGUGGAAUAUUCAUGGAUUUUCAAAUGGCAAACCAACGACAAAGUAGCCGAAAUAUGGCCAGUAAACAGAAAAAACGGAGUUCAGAACUUCUCCCACUAAUUGACCUGGAUUUCUCAGUUAGUUUUUCACUGCUGGAUUUGCCCCCUGUAAAUGAGUACGACAUGUAUAUCAGGAAUUUUGGUAAAAUGAACACUAAGCAGGCGUACGUUCAGUGUAACGAGGACAAUCUGGAUAGAGACAUUCAGACUGAGGAAGUUGAGACAUUGGAGAAAUGGACACAGCAUCCAGGAGAAAGUUCUCUUGUGUCUGGAGGUCCCAGAAACAGCCAGGAUAUGUCAAUGAAUGGAGUUCUAACACCUAAAAUUGAUUCACAAAGAUUAGCAAAUUUCCUUCGGUCUGCCUGUCAGGUGAUUGCUGUUUUGCUAGAGGAAGAUCAAGUUGCAACACAACCCAGGAAACUAAGAUCUCGACAAACCAGUCUGUCUAUUAGUGAUAGCUGUUUCCAGUUAAAUACUAACCAGCCAUUCCUCCAUGACCGAAAAAUAUCCUGCCUAUAUGUCUCUCAAGUUCAGAGGCAGACACUACUUUCUGUUCAUGGAUUACCUGAGAAGGCAGGUGUGGACUUACUGAACAGAAAGAGCCUCAUAUGUGUUUGGAACAUCUGGCAGCCCUCCAGUCCUCAGAAAGUUUUAAUAUGUGACUCAGAGGUGAUGUGUUGCUGCUUUAGCCCCAGUAAAACAACAUUAGUUUUUGCUGGAACAAUCGAUGGUUCAUUGUUGGUCUGGGAUCUUCGAGAAGACUCAAGAAUGCACCCUCAUACAAUGAUGAGUGGAACUGACUGGACAUUUAGAGUUCCAACAUUUUCCACUGAUGGCAUUCUAAACUCAGUAAACCACACCUCUCCUGUACUUGCAGUGGAACCUGUCUCAACCUCUCUUGACACUGAUCACAGUUAUGGGCUCUCAGGCCUCUCCUAUCAGGAGGAAGUGUCAGGCCCUCCAUUUCAGAUAGCUUCAAUGGAUGAAAAUGGAAUCCUCAAUAUGUGGGUAGUUGUUGAAUUACAAAAAGUGGAUUUAGCUGGUUCACAAACUGAUUUAGGUUUAGUUCCUGGAGGGAAAGUGAAGUUAGUACAUAGCUCAACUAUGGAAUUGAAUAACAGCCUUUUCCCAAAGGAUAUUCGCCAGAGAAUGCCACAGACACUGAGCAUUAAAUUUCUGUCUUCUAAUCCUAAUCAUUUCAUUGUUGGAACAAACAUAGGUCUGGUAGGCCAUGGUACAAGACAUGGUUUAAAAGUUGUUCCAAAGCUAUUCAGGCCCCAGGAGAGUGGACUGAGAUCAAUAAGCAUCACUGCAAUUGAUUUCUUCCCUUUUGGAAAGCCACUAUUUUUGGUUGGCUGUUCUGAUGGAAGCAUUAGAUUACAUCAGAUGACAUCAGAGUAUCCUGUCAUGCAGUGGAAUGACAGCACAAAUGGCCAGCCCAUUAUUGCCCUGCAGUGGGCUUUAACAAGACCUGCUGUGUUCUUUGCCCUCGAUGCAUCAUCUAAUAUUUACAUUUGGGAUCUUCUGGAAAAUGAUUUGUUGCCUGUGGCAAAGGAGACUAUUCCAUCAGAGAAGAAAAAAAGAGACAUAACACAGCAAUUCAUUAGGCACAUAUCUUAAGAGCCCCACUUUUAAUCCAUUUGGCACUUCUUGGAGAGAGAAGAUGAGAGAGCUGGGUAAAAAAGUAUUGCUUGGGGACACAGAGAUACUCUUCCAAAGGUUUGGACAACAAUCCAUAAGUCUAUAAUCAGAUAUUUGCUAUAAUUUUUAAAUAGCAAACAGUGAACCCUUACAAUAAAGAUGUGAAUUACCAUGCCUGCACUCAGUACUGUAGAUUUCCAAUGCCGUAUCUUAAGGGCAAAGAAUAAGGAGAAAAACUUAAUAAACUGUCCUCACCUAGAAUAAUUUUUGUCAACCAUUUGGGAAUCAAGUUCUAUUGCGCUGUUGAAAUACGGGACCAAGAAAAGAGUCUUUGUCUCACAGAGCUUAUAUGAUGUAGGUGGAAAAGAUUUUUUUUUUUGAUUGCUCCAUUUAUUUGCAAUGGUAAUAGGAUACUCUUAAUGCCCACGCAGUUGAGCCAAAGGACAGGCUGAUUAAUACCAGAAAAGUAGGAUAAAGGAAAAAAUGGCUCUGAAACUGCCCUUCUAACCUUCAUUUAGAAAAUUAAUGAUUACUUAGGUUACUUUUGAUCUCCAGCUAUUUUUCAUGUUAUUAAGACAGUGUCAAAGGGCCUCAUUUAAAGAUUAAUUCACCCAAAAUGAUGAAAUUCUUUCAGUGGGGUUUUUGGGUUGGAAUGCAGGACAGAGGUUACAGAAAGACACUACAUUACUGUAAAUUCCCUAAAUUCCCUUAGGCUUUUAGUUUAUUUGCUCUGUACUUUGCAGUUUGGCAGUUCAGCAAGGUCAAUUCAUUGAGCACAUACAUUAAUAAUUAUGUGGGUGCUGCAUGAGGUCCAACUGAAAACUACCUAUCCACAAUCUUCAAAGACAUCAAGAGUAGUUUACACUUGUUUAAGCUCCGCUUUGCAUUCUUUUCAUAUUUUACAAAGAUAAGGAUUUCACAAUAUACCACAUUUCAUAUCUUCUCAUCCAUGUCUUUAAAAACAAAAAGCUUCUUUAGUGUCUUUACUGAUCUCUGAAUUUUAAGGUUUUUCAAGAAAUCUACCUGCACGUGAAAAUGGCCAUGUUCACAUAACAGGUUGAUCUUACCUCAUCCAUGCAGGCCAAUAGCAAAUGCUGAAGAAAAGAAGUAUAAAGUAACAGAGGAAGCACGCAUUGACACUUUUCUUCCAAGUAUGGUAUGUCAUCCAAGCUUCUGGCAAUCUGUGGCAUAGGAAUUUUCUGACUCAGAUGGUAGCAGAUCGUAGUGUUUGAGAGAAAGGGAGGAAUUUUUUUUCCCAAUAAUUCAUCCAACAGCUU